CGGUUGCUGCGUUACUCGAUCAGCUGUUUUGAUUAAAUUUGGAAAGAAACAGUUCCAAAGACCAGACAGAGAAUCAAGAACUGAUACACAUCUUUGGAAAAAAGAUGGUAUAAACCGAUACCUCAUCAAAUGAAAACGCAUUAAUGAAGGAAUCGGUUACAACAUCUCUUCAAAUACAAUUUUGGGGUUAACAGAAUGUCCUACUCAAACUGAGAAAUAUUCUGUGAAUAUAGGUCUUUGUGAGAAGUAUUUUGAUACCCAAAGCCUCUGCUGCGACGUCUGAGUUUCCUGCCAAAGAAAGGAGAGGAAAGAACACAGGCAAGAACAUCACAACCAAGUCUGUGACCCAGAGUCAGAGACAACACCUCCAACCGCCACACAGAACAGAACCCAGUCAUGUUCAGAAGGCUUACUAGUCUGUUUUUUGGAAGAGAUGAUGACAUCUCUACAGACCAGAGGACAUCCACCCCUACAGAAAUGCUUGAGGAAGGGUGGCUUCUGAUCAACCAUAAAGAAGUGAACCCAUUGGAGGAGCAGGUAGUGGAGUGUGCUACCACAUCUAUCUACAGAAGUCCACCUGUCACUGAGGAGACUGAACCCAUCUCAGAAACUGGCGUCAGGAUGUCAGAACCAGUGGUCCCAGUCCAAAGAAGCACCACCAGCCCCAGCCGGAUCAUUCGUGGAUCAGUGUCCAUGGCUGGACAGCUGGCUAAGGUCUCGCAGGUUGCUCGUGUCCAGAGGGCUCAGACCCGGGUGGAACGCCACCACCUCACACGGAGCUGCAUCCAGCGGCAGAACUGUGUCCGCCAGCGAGCUCAGCGCCACUCACCCCGCACACGCACAACCUACCUCCAACAGCCAGGCCACCACAACUUCAGCCACUGAACACCCAGCACCAGGGAGCGCUUUUAACACAAGAACAACAGGGACCUUUAAUCUGCUCACACCAUACACACACAAACAAACAGACAUGCUCAGACACCUUCACAAAUGCAACAUAAAUUGAUUGGCAGCAUAUUUCCGUAUAGUGAAAUAAAGUCAUAAUUCAAACACAUGUUGCAUAGUUCAAUCUUGUGUAGAUGAAGGUAUUUCCCAAAGGAAUCCUAUCUACCCCAUUUGAUUCAAAACACAAAGCUUGUUACUUGGAAUUGUCACUUGUUCACUGGCAGCUAAAAAUUAAUUUUGAACCUGUACUGUACAUGACAAGAGAAUGAAGAUGUGAAUAUAUCAAGGAAUACGUUCGCCCUAAAUAUUUCUGAGACUAAAAGCAUUGUAUUUGGAACAAAACACUCACCAAACCCUAAACCUCAACUAAAUCUUGUAAUAAAUACUGUGGAAAUUGAGCAAGUUGAGAUGACUAAAAUGUUUGGAGUAACCCUAGUUUGUAAACUGUAAUGGCCAAAACAUAUUGAUGGAGUAGUAGCUAAGAUGGGGAGAAGUCUGUCUAUAAUAAAGCAAUGCUCUGCCUUCUUAACAUCACUAUCAACAAGGCAGGUCCUACAGGCCCUAGUUUUGUCGCACCUUGACUACUGUUCAGUCGUGUGGUCAGGUGCCACAAAAAAGGACUCAGGAAAAUUGUAAUUGUCUCAGAACACGGCAGCACGGCUGGCCCUUGGAUGCACACAAAGAUAGUGGAGGAGAAAUUGACUUCAUCACUACUUUUAUUUAUGAGAGGUAUUGACAUGUUCAAUGCACCAAGCUGUCUGUUUGAACUACUGGCACACAGCUCGGACAUCAAUGCAUACCCCACAAGACAUGCCACAAGAGGUCUCUUCACAGUCCCCAAGUCCAGAACAGACUAUGGGAGGCACACAGUACUACAUAGAGCCUUGACAACACAAAUUCUAUUCCACAUCAAGUAACUGACGCAAGCAGUAAAAUUAGAUUUUAAAAAACAGAUUAAAAAACACCUUAUGGGACUGUGAAGCAACACAAACAUAGGCACAGACACAUGCAUACACACACAUACGAUAACAUACGCACUAUACAUACACAUGGAUUUAGUACUGUAAAUAUGUGGUAGUGGUGGAGUAGGGGCCUGAGGGCACACAGUGUGUUGUGAAUGUAUUGUAAUGUUUUAAAAUUGUAUAAACUGCCUUAAUUUUGCUGGACCCCAGGAAAAGUAGCUGCUGCUUUGGCAGCAACUAGUGGGGAUCCAUAAUGAAUACAAAUAUCAAAUGAGAUAUGUUUGUAGGCUUGAUAGUUUGUGGCUAUGGCAAAACUGUCAGUGGCAUGCAUAUUUCUGUGCAAAGCUUUUGCUAAAAAAUUGCUAAAACAUAUGUUGAGGGAAAUUAAAAGGUAUUUGUAUCAUUACACAUAUGUAUUUUGUCAGAUUGUUGUGUGUGAGUUAAAAACAUUUCAUAUAGCAAUAAAAAGGAUGACCCACG